AACUCAUUACUAGAUGUCGCCACUGUCGCACUUGUUGUUUACGUCCCCAUGUCAUGAAACGAGACGAAAAAAUGGGCGAAACAAAACAAAUUGUUGCUAAUUAUACUUAUAUUUCUGUGAUUUCAAAUACCAAAUGGAUCUUCGUAUCUUGUAUGCAUAGCUUAUUAGCUACUGUCAGCCAUCCCAACAAGUUGACUUCUAGCACUCAGUCACUUUCCAUCUAUUAGAUCCCUAUGCUGUCAAAAGCCUAAAACCCAUGUUUGAAGCACACAUAUAGUGGAAUAUAAAUGUGCGGGUAUAAUGUAUUUUCCCACUACUGCUACCACACCAACCACAGUAGCCUUACUAAAUCAUCACUCAUAUGAUAAAGCUUCAGGAAAUUUACCCCACCUGAGGAGUAAUGCAGUUUGUUGCUGUAAUUCAAUUAUUAUAAGUUUUUGUCAUGAACAUUUCAGUGUGCUUCUUAGAAAAGAGCACGCAAGAUCCCCACGGACAUCCUUGAGUCAAUGCUGGAUUUUGUCCAUGACAGAAGAGGGACUUCCACCAACGUUCUGCUCCAUCCUUAUCUUCAAGACGUACGCUCAUCCAGCUUCACUGCUUCAGCGCUUCUUGUGCUGCUACACAACUUUUCUUGCUUCACUGGCGAGUUGGAUCACUUCAGUUGCUGUGACACACCUGCAGUCACUCACCAAGGGAUUAUGGCCAGGUAUUGCAGAGGAGACGUUGAGAAGAUCGACACCAAAUACGUCGCCAGUGUGUCAAAAAUGUCAGCUGCGGAACAUCCUUUGUUGUUGGUAAUAUGUUUCCGUUAGUUAACCCGUUGGCUGCCACGCCUUUGUUCCCCAUGUUAGCUGUGUAGCACGGGCCCGCGCUGUUCGGUCUCGUGGUUUAUUUGCCGCGGGGUCGGACAGUU